AUGGCAGCAAUCAACCCUGCGGUUGUGCUUGCAGCGAGCUUGGGGGAGUCGCUUGGCGUUCCCGAUUACGCCCCUGGGCUCACGUUUGGGGAGGCCUUGCAGCAUGCGGAGAACAUGGAGGCGAGCGACCACCCGCUCAUCAAGGUCGACAAGAUCGACACAGCAGGCCAGUGCAACAUCGCCGAUCUGCCAGCGGAGUUCGCGACGGAGCCCGGGAGGAUGAUUGAAUACUUCGCGGACUACGUGGGGGACUUCGGCGGCGACAUCCCUUGGCAUACGCUUCACGACCUCGCCAAAACCUGCGACUACAAGAGCAUGCCAGAACCAUUCUCUCUGAAGAGGGAGCCCGCUGGUCAGUACUCCACGAAGCUGUUCAUCAUCAAGAAGCCCGACGGCAAGCACGACAUCCUCAAGGACGUGAGCCUCCUGUCGGCGAAGACUAGGACAGACACGUGCAUGCAGAUGUGUCGUGGCGCUUGCUUAAUCUGGCGCUAUGGCAACCAGUAUAGGAUUGGCCGCCUGGCAGUCCAGUACAUGCUCGAAAAGUUGGAGGGCUUCCAGCUGCGGUACCACACCGUUGUCGCGAAGCCUGGCAAGGGGCCGUCCAGGAAGACGGCCGAGCGGGGACUCAAGGCCGCAGGGUACAAGUUCAUUCGAGAGAAGGGGCCGCGGAGCAACAAUGCCAACCAAUUCAUGGAGUUCGCAGAUCGGGAGAGCGCCCGCCCAGAGAGUCCGAUCUUCGGCUGGGAGGAAAGCCGAAUCGAAAGGGCUUUGAACAACUUUGCCAGGGGCAGGGCGAAUGCUAAGGGCCUCACGACAUGGGUCUUGACGCUCCGAGACUUCGACCCUUGGUUUCUCAACGAGGUCAUCAGGCCCACCUUGGCGUCCACCCUCAGGGGUUUCGGCGUUGCGUGGCUUUGCAAGACCCGCGUCGGGAAGAGCGCGGGGUCGAAGACCUUGGCUUUCAUGAUGAGCCGCGUGGAGAUCGACGCAUUGGAACAGUCUGGCGAAGUCGAGAAGGGCGACCUCCUGCCGACCGCCGUGACCGCCAAACACUUCGACUUUUUCAAAGGCGAGCCUGUAAUCCGCAUCAGGCCAGCAAUCUUCGAUGAUGGCGAGUUAUCGGAGCAGUCGGCGUUCGUCCUCAAGGCGUUUUUGAAUCCGAGCGAGGAGGACGCGACGCCCUGGGCCAGGUGGGGGUCGCCGGAAUUUGACACUGGGUCCUCCCGCCAGGUCUGCAAUAAUGCUUGCGACAAAGACUUCGAGGCGGAGCUCGUGUCCAAGUGGACGGAGGGCACGCCGAAGGACGUGAGCUCUGACGACUUCAUGAAGUUGAUCAGGCCCUCGUUCUGCCAGGUUGAAGACGAGGACUUGCUGGCCAUCGGUGCUCGCACCCAUUUUGUUUUGGUCACUGACAAGCGCGUGUACUUCCGCCACCCCAGCGACGGACGGGGCCGAGCGCCUCGGUGGACCUACACCAACCCCAACAAGCCCGACCUUUUCAACGAGCGCUGCAAGGAGGCCUUCGGCGCAUACAAGCAGGACCCAACUAAGCCUGUCUACCCUGCGUACUUCGAAGACGACGUCAAGUGGUCGAUGAACUACUUGAAGCGUCUCCUGCUGAACGAAGGCGCGCUCCCAGCUGCAGUUGCCGUCGCUGGCAGGGGGUGCGCGGGCCUGCUCGACGACGUCGACAGCGACGAGCAGAAGGCGACAUACGCGGCACUUCAGCAGGACUUCUGGCAGAGGAGCGCGAGCGCCGACGGGGAGCUGGUGGACUUGAUGUCGCCCCCCCGCAAGCGCUUGGCAACGGGCUGCGGCGGCGACCUUGCCCAGGUGGACGUCGACGAACAGCGGGUCAUCUACGAGGCGCUGCAGCGGAAUUUUCUCCAGAAGAACCAGAGCGACGACGGCGCGAAGAUAGACCUCACGACGCCACCUCGCCAGAGCCGCGCCGCGGAGGGGGGCGGGUCCGACAUGGACUUGGAUGCAGCGCUGGAGGCCCACCUCGACUACGAGGACGAGCUCGACCGCCAGCGGGCGCAAGAGGCCUACGCGCAG